GGCUUUAAUAUUUUCCACAUGGUGGGGGGUAGAUGUUUAUCAAUACAAUGGAUGGCGCUUUGUUAGUGUCGUCCAGUAUUCCAGCUUCGCUCUCGGUUCUGGAAUCAACACUCUUGGAACUCUGAAGAUGAAUAAGGAGACUUUUAUAACUGUUGCAAACUCUAAUCCAGCAAAAUCCUACAAUGACAACUUGUUUUCACUAAAAUUCUCUCAUCAAUUAAACGCCACCUUAUCUACCGUUUACUCAAAGGGCAUGUCAACAUGUCAUCAACUGAGAUCUGAACUUGAAGUUGAUCCCUUGAGGCUCAUAACGGAAUUGUAUCCACGUGCCGUUAAGAAGAAUGACACUGUUAUCCAGUUGGGCAAGGUCGAUUUUAGUUCUUUGAAAGCUGGUCGCGUUUGGACUAACCAGGUGGUACUUAAAUCAAAUAUGUCGAGAUUGGGAGCUACUCAAGUGAUCCAGCUGAAAAGACUUGGUAAUAAAAUGGAACAGCUAGCCCUAAAACUCCAGGCAUUGACGAAGCGCUUUAAACAAGCCAUGCGAACAAACGGCGAUUAUGUCAUUCAUGGGAACGUUCAUUUCAAAUCCCUCGUAAGCACAUGUCGAGGCUCGGAUAAACUAUCUGAAGGAUGUGUUUUUGAAAAUGUUACCGCAAAAACCAUCAACUCCGUUGAUAUCGCGGAUACCUACCAUCAGGCCGUCAUAGACUCCGACAAGCCAAUUUCUUCUCUCAAAACAAAGCGUCUCGAAAUUCGCAAUGGACACCCAACAGUUUCCUUAUCCGGCCGUGAAAUCAAAGAAUACAUCACAGUGGACGAGGAUCUUAAUUUCCCAGACAAAAUUAGAAUUGAAGGAAAUUUGCUUGUGAAUGGCCAUCUCGGCGUCAAAGGACUGGUUGACGAACGCGAGAUUUCACCUAAUUCUUUACUUUUACGGCAAGGCAUUCAACAUUUUAACUGGACGCUGAAGACUACCGAUGUUCAUCUUAAAAAUCUGAAGGCCCAUUCUAUUAACGGAAGAAAUAUUAGUCAUUUAUACCAAAACGCCAUUUCAAACACAGGGAAUUUCACUUUGCUUCAGCCAAAAUUCUUCUCGUCACUUUCCGUUUCCAAGCUUAAUCUAAAUGGAAUAAUCAAUCAAAUCAACCUCACAACUUUGGAAAGUAAUUCAAUGAAAUUAGCUGGAGAUCAAGUUGUCACAGGCAUCCACGGAUACCUUAAUGCUCACCUUGGGCGAGCCGUUCUGAAUGGUUCGUUAAAUGGAAAACAGUUUCCGGCAGAUUUCGUUUCUGUUGGCAAAAACGAUCAACUGAAAUUUAAAAAGUUGCAACUCACUCAAGACGCAACGAUGGUUCGCUUAACAGUCACCGAGAACAUUGACGACAUGCGUGUAACGAACGGUAGUUGGGGGACUAACUUAUUCAAGAAAUCAAGCAUUCAAAAACAGGUGGUCACUGGAAAAAAAAGAUUCGAAAAUCUCAAUUCAAAUUGGGACAUUUUCUCUAAGACGUUCAAUCAACGCCCAAUGGAUGUUUUUACAACAAACAGCAGCCUGUACGGACACACUGAAGAAUUACUUACCUACGAUUCUGUGACAGUACAAGGAGAUGUCACGUUUGAAAAGCCUCUUUCUGUGAAUGACACGGAAGGUGUUGGCAUUCAGAUGCUGGAAGAAAACGGAAUUUUGUUGUCAACAAAAGAUUUCCCACCACUUAGGUCGAUAACGGUUAAGGACAAUGUCAGGAUUUAUUUUUUCAUCUUAGAUCAGCGGUGA